AUGACCUUCCCAGCAGACUAUCGGGAUCUCCUCCCCCCAGGAACAAUCCAGGGUAGGCCAAACUUACCCAACAACAUCGCUCCUGGCUGGCAAUCUUGGGGGGCUGGUGGCACUGGCACCGUUCUCCAUGUUUGUGAUGGUGAACUUCUCAGUUUCCCAUGUACCGCUAUAGUCAUGGUCACCGACCAGAAAUGCAGGAUAGAUCGGCAAGCACCUAAAAAGGUUCAAAAUGACUGGUAUAAUCUAAGGAGAACAGCAGGAAAUCUUGCAGCAGACACAGAAAUAAACAGAAAGAUUUGGAACGCAGUCCUCGAUCAGCCUCUGCAACUCCCAAAUCACCCGAAUGGGUUGUACUCAAUUUAUGACCCAGGGAGUGCACCGCCGCCCGCACCAGCCAUACUUCAAAAUCCACCAGGAUCACGAGAUUAUAGUAUAAAUAUUAUUCCAGGUAAACCUAUCUGCUUUGGCGAAUAUACUGGCUGCGCUGAUGAAAGGACAGGAGGUGGUAAUGGUAAUCACCGAGGUGUAAUAGUAGUCAAUUUCGACGAUUAUAGCGAGCAGCGAGACAGACAAAAUGCCAACCGUCCAGAAGGACCGGACUCGAGUGCCAUGAGUAAUAGACAAUUGAGGAUCCGUGUAGAGGCUGUGAUGGAAGCGCUUUUCAAUCCUAGUGUCUUGCCCCCAAGGGCUGCUAAUAUGGCAGUGAUCAACUUCCCAUGGUUUCCACGUGCACCAUCAGCAGCAGCCCUUGCGGCGACUGCUACACAGGCACAGGUUGCUACGAUUCCACGAUUAGACGUCGCAUUCAACUUAAUGGGAUCCAGUGCUGAACUUGGAUUCGGCUUUGAUAACGCUGCGGAGCAAAUAAUGGGUACGGUCGUGGCAUGGAUAGGUCGUGUAAAUGGCGUGCCCUUCCAAAGGCAAAGACGGCGACGAUUUGGAAAUAUAUACUUCCUGGUCCCGCCCUUGCAACGCGGCAAAUAUCCGCUUCGCAAGAGCGCAAUAGGCGCUUGGAAGAAAGCUUGGGAGUAG